AAUAUUGCACCAUUUGAGACAAAAACGGUGAUAAAUACGAAAUUACUUGGGGCACAAGAAAGAAAUGCCACUGCUUAUGUGAAAAUCAAAGCCGACUGGACAAGACGUCGAGAAGAGGGUAGUACGCAGCAGAGGCCAGCAAUAGCAGCAGUGGCAGAAUCUGUAAAUGAAACAACUGGCAAUGAUAGUGAUGGUGGCGUGGAACAUGUGGAGGAAACACUGAUUGUGCCGGUUGAAGCAGAAAUUGUUCGAAAACGUGGUUUGUUCGCUGCGGUGGAUAUUCUUGAUUUCGGGUUAGUGAGAGCCGGUGAUAAAUCGCGUGAGCUGUUGCUACAGAUUGUUUCCAAUCUUGAAAAAACCAUUGAAAUUGAG